ACCUGGUAUUCUACAACGUCGUGUCUCUCUUGCUUCAGAGUUCACUAUUUCUUCUUCUUCUUCUUCUUCUCCGAAAUCAGAAUCAGCUUCUAAUCCCCCAAAUUCAGAAUAGGAACCCUAAUUUCACUCAAGUCUCACCUUCCCAUAGCUGCUGCCCCAUCCACCUCCGACCACCGCUCCGCCCAUUGCAGUUGUGUUUGGCAUUCUUCUGCAACUACUACGUGAAUCAUCAAAUUUACAAUCAGAUACAAGCUGCAGUGUCAGUUGAGCUGACAGCAUGGCGUCAAAAAGGGAAAGGGAAACUGGUAAUAGAGAAGGGGAGGAAAGGCUUCAUUCUGAGUUCAGAAGGCAAAGAGUGGAUGAUGAGUCUCCUCAUCCUGUCUCCAUUGCAAACCCUCUCUCUGGUUUGGCCAAUAAUUAUGCUGACAUUGAUGAGGAAGACGAAAAGGAUGCUAAUAGUCAGAGGAAGAAUGAUGGGUCCCAGCACAAUGAGCAUAAAUAUGAAGAGGAGGAUGAUAGUGAUGAUGAAGAAGAUGAUGAGUCACAUGAACAAUUUGGUGGAAGGAACAGUCGUCAUGUUGAGGUUCGAAAGGACUGUCCUUAUCUCGAUACCGUUAAUAGACAGGUUUUGGAUUUUGACUUUGAGAAGUUUUGUUCUGUCUCUCUGUCAAACUUAAAUGUGUAUGCAUGUUUGGUUUGUGGAAAGUAUUUCCAAGGGAGAGGGAGGAAGUCUCAUGCAUAUACACAUAGCCUAGAAGCAGGACACCAUGUGUAUAUCAAUCUUCGGACUGAAAAGGUCUACUGUCUUCCUGAUGGUUAUGAAAUUAAUGAUCCUUCAUUAGAUGACAUUCGACAUGUCCUAAACCCAAGGCUUACUGCAAAAGAAGUCGAACAGCUUGACAAAAAUAAGCAGUGGUCUAGGGCACUUGAUGGUUCUAGUUACCUACCAGGAAUGGUAGGACUGAAUAAUAUCAAGGAGACUGAUUUUGUGAAUGUAACAAUUCAAUCCUUAAUGAGAGUUACCCCCUUGAGGAAUUUUUUCCUUAUCCCUGAAAACUAUCAACACUGCAAAUCUCCUCUUGUUCAACGAUUUGGUGAACUCACUAGGAAGAUCUGGCAUGCACGGAACUUUAAAGGACAGGUCAGCCCACACGAAUUUCUACAAGCAGUGAUGAAAGCCAGUAAAAAACGGUUUCGAAUAGGUGCACAAUCUGACCCAGUGGAGUUCAUGUCAUGGCUUCUUAACACUCUUCAUGCAGAUCUUAAAACUUCAAAGAAGAAUAUGAGCAUAAUUUAUGAGUGUUUUCAGGGUGAACUUGAGGUUGUAAAAGAGAUUCCUAACAAAAUGAUUAUUGAUAAGAAAGCAGACGGUGAGGAUCAAAACAACGUUGAGAAACUUUCAGAUGGAGGAACUCAGAGAAAUGUAUUCCUCAAAGAAACUUCAAAAAUGCCAUUUCUAAUGUUAGGGUUGGACUUGCCACCACCUCCGCUUUUCAAGGAUGUGAUGGAGAAAAAUAUAAUACCCCAGGUUCCUCUCUUUAACAUACUAAAGAAGUUUGACGGGGAGACUGUCACAGAAGUGGUCCGUCCUCAUAUUGCAAGGAUGCAGUAUCGUGUUACCAGAUUGCCUAAGUAUAUGAUUAUUCACAUGCGACGAUUUACUAAGAAUAAUUUUUUUGUGGAAAAGAAUCCUACUUUAGUCAACUUUCCUGUGAAGAACCUGGAGUUGAAGGAUUACAUUCCCUUGCCAACACCAAAAGAAAAUGAGAAAUUGCGAUCAAAAUAUGAUUUAAUUGCCAAUAUCGUUCAUGAUGGCAAACCUGGUGAAGGAUUAUAUAGAGUAUUUGUGCAACGCAAAUCAGAAGAACUAUGGUACGAGAUGCAGGAUUUACACGUCUCAGAAACACUUCCUCAUUUGGUUGCACUUUCAGAAACUUAUAUGCAGAUAUAUGAGCAGCAACAGUGAAUGAGUUCAUUUUUUUUUUGCUUUGAGCAUUCGUGUAAUCUGAAGCACAAUGUGUGCUGAAGGAUUGAGAACAUGAGAUGAGAGAAUUCCUAAUCAUAAGCAGUGUGCGUUUGUGAUAGCAAAUUUUCUAGCAUCUGGUUCAUACUUGAGUAGUUUAGUAGGCGGUUUAGAAGAGGCUGGUCCUAUUGUUUGGUUGUUGAGAUAUAAUGAGAUGUAUGUGUAAAAGUAAAACACUUAAUUCCCAACAUUAUUGUGUAUAAUAAAUUAUUAUUUAUCCA